AUGCGGCCGAAAGACCCUGUACCUAAACAGGAGAAGUCAGGCGUCGUCUGCCGACUUCAGUGCAGCUGCGGGAUCUGCACUUAUGUCGGGGAAAUCGGCCGGCAGCUAAAAACGCGAAUGCAUGAUCAUCAGCUGGCGCCAAGACGGUUGGACCCAAAAUUGGAGAUAGCAGCCUAUGCUGCAGAGAUGGGGCAUGAUUUCAAAUUUGACGUGGUCGAAAUUGUGGACCGAAGUGAUGAUCACACAUCGAGGAAAAUUAAAGAAGCCUGGAUGUCGACCGACAGAAGUUUUCGUGAAGUAAAGCAGAGUGAUGCCGACAACGGUCUUCAAGAAGUUUUUAUGGGGAUGCGCCUGGCAGUGCCCGAGUCUGAACGCCAAGAGGCCCUCAUUGAUGAGGAUACCUUCUUUUCACUCUACCGAAGUCUUUUGGACGAAAAACGAGAAUCCAUCGACUGGUCGCUGAUAAAACAACCCGAAGAAUCAGUGAUGAGUAAUUACGAAGACUUCCCGAAGCCGAAGGAAGCCGACAUGGUCGACGCCCUUUCGAAGCUGGUAGUCAUAAAACUCAAUGGUGGACUGGGCACGAGCAUGGGUUGCUGUGGACCAAAAUCGCUGAUCAAAGUUCGCGAUGACUGCACGUUUUUGGACCUCACUGUGCAGCAGAUUGAGGUAGGCAAGCUUAACUCAGCAUAUAAUGCAGGUGUAUUAUUUUAA